UCAAUAAUAUUCUUCCCUCUCCGACGCAAAAGGCGGUGAUUAGAGAAGCAGAGAAGCUUCGUUUCAAUUUCAAUGGCGACUGAAGAUAAGCAAGUGAUGGUGGUCGGGAUCGACGAGAGCGAGCACAGUCUCUACGCUCUGGAGUGGACCUUGGAUCAUCUCAUCGCUCCGUUAUCUCCAGCUAACUCUCCGUUCAAGCUCAUCGUUGUUCACGCCAAACCUUCCGCCUCCUCCGCCGUCAGUUUCGCCGGACCUGGAGCGGCCGAGGUUCUGCCCUAUGUGGAUUCGGAUUUGAGGAAGAUUGCUGCGCGAGUUAUCGAGAAGGCGAAGGCGAUUUGCGCCGAUAGAUCGGUGCAGGAUGCUGUGUUGGAGGUGAUAGAAGGGGAUGCCAGGAAUGUACUUUGUGAGGCUGUAGAUAGGCACCAUGCUUCUGUGCUGGUCGUUGGAAGCCAUGGAUAUGGAGCUAUAAAGAGGGCUGUUUUAGGCAGCGUUAGUGAUUAUUGUGCCCAUCAUGCUCACUGCUCUGUGAUGAUAGUAAAGAAGCCCAAAACCAAGCACUAAAAUUCAUCUCGUUGGAUUUUGGUCCUUUUUCCGAGUGAUAGUGAGAUCCCAAAUCAUGAUACUUUGGAGAAUCCCACAAUUUGUAUAUCAUUAAAUAAAAUUAAGGUUUAUAUUUGAUGUGAAUUCUGAUAUAUAAAUCUCUGUAAUAACAAGCCUCCCUUAUUUGUGUGGUUCGACUCUGUUUA